AGCUUAUGAGUUCGAAUCUCAUAACAUAUCUUUGGCUAAACCAUUUUCCUCCUGAGGUGCCAUGUGUUUAUUUCUGGAGUAUUGGAGAUAAUUUAUUUUAUCCUCCGGAUCAAGGCGCCGCUUCAAGAGCAGUAUCAGACGUGUCAGCAGAGCUAAGCCGGAAGCAGCAGCUGAAUUCGAACCCACAACCUGAAGCUGGACAAGUGCAGUGCGAAUGUUGUGGAUUGUGGGAAGAAUGCACGCCGACAUACAUAUGCAGAGUGAGAGAGAAUUUCUGUGGGCGAUGGAUCUGUGGACUCUGCGCAGAAGCCGUCAAAGUGGAAAGCGACCGCAUGGGGGGCAGCUUAACCAUGGAGGACGCUCUCAAUGCCCAUCUUACACUCUGCCAGAGCUUCAAUCAGAUUGCUCCAAGAAAUCCUGCACUCCAUAUGGCCGAUGCCCUGCGAACCCUGCUCAAGAAAUCCAAACCCAUUUCUUCUCCUUCAUCUCUCAGACCGCACAACAUCACUCGGAGUUCCAGCUGCAUGCCUGCUAUUACAAGGGAUCUCCCCUGAUUGUCACUUCUUUUCAUCAUUUGACUUCUGGUUUUUAUGGAAUGGUUUAAAUCCCAUACAUUAAGCUUAUAUUUUUAGGCUUAAAAGUUUUUAACAUUCAGUGGACAUUUUCUAGACUUAAUAUGUUGCAUAAUGUAUGCGGUCACACUAAGAGUACACUUGUAGGGUUAAAAGUGUUGAACACUUAGAGUUGACUAACAUUCUCUAGGUCUCUAGACUUGAUAUGUUGCUUAGUGUGUGUGGUUAAAGGCUGACCGUUUUCCACAGUUUAUGAGAUGAUUUUUAGAGUAGAUUUUGA